AUGAGUACUCGUGAAAGUGUAAUAAGACAUAUCAAUAAAAAUUAUAGGGCAUCUUUGCACGAUUACAUCUAUGUUUAUGGUACAGUCGACGAAAAGUUACCGAUUCGUCAGCUUAGAUUAGUUGAUUGUGAUUUAGAUUCAAUCACAAUUAGCUACUUAAAGGAUUUCCAAUUACAAGAUGAUGAAGAUUUAUUUGAAAUUAUUAAAUUUGAUCAAGGCACCAGAAAAUGUUUGAAUUAUGCAGAAGUACAAGAUAAAUUGAUUGAAAUGGCUGAAGUAGCUGCUAAAAAAAGAAAUUUAUCACAUAUCCAAAUAAAUGAAAUGAGAUAUCCUACGAGUUUUUUAGAUAUAUUAAUAAUUAUAUUGGUAUUUCUUCCAACAAUGAGCUAUAUUUGGCUAUUGCCGUUACAGGAUUUAUUGAAAAAGUCUGAGUUACCUAUAAUUGUAUUUCUGUCUCAAAAUCUUUUCCAACCCAAGAUACUAAUAGGAAUCCAAUUGGCUGCUAUUUUUACACACUUUUUAGAAAUAUAUAUAUUAUUAAAACCUAAGUUGACGUUCUAUCGUGUUCCAACAGAUUAUUUAGUGGAGUGGUGGUUUUUCGGAUUGUUAGAAGGAUAUGGUGUUAUAAGAAGAUUCAAUGAAGUUAUCAAGGAAAAGAAGCAACAGCAAAAACGGUUAAAAAGGAAAUAA